GGCCGUGCAGUACAUCCUGGUGGAGACGUGAUGACGUUGUUUAUGACGGGCGUGAUGAUGACGCUUAUGUAAAUUUUGGAAAACCUCCUCCUUUGAUUCGCGGGAAAACUGAAAAAUGGCGACGGUCGAAGUUUGAAGUUUAGCGCCACGAAAGCUGAGACAGAGAGAGAAGACACGGAGACACCGACUGUCUGUCUACCUGUGUGUGUGUCUGUUGCUGUAACACCUGUGUGUGUGUGUGUGUGCGUGCGUGCGUGCGUGUGUGUGUGUGUGGUUGGAGGACAGGUGGAGACGGACCGGAUCGCAGAAGAAUGUUUGACCACCUGAUUGAAGCCUUCUGUCUGGAGCCUCAGGUGUCUACAGGGGGUGGGGCAUGUCGAGGGGGGCGUGGCUCGGAUGAGAACGAGGGUGAGGAGUCCAGUCUGAGUGUGGGACAGUUUGUCCUCUGUCAUUGGUCAGAUGGCCUCUACUACCUGGGCAAGAUCCAGAGGGUGAGCCCACCUAGACAGAGCUGCUUUGUCACGUUUGAGGACAACUCCAAGUUCUGGGUCCUCUGGAAGGACAUCCAACACGCCGGAGUGCCGGGGGAGGAGCCCCGCUGCUCUGUGUGUCGGGAGGCGGAGCCAAAUUCUGAUAUCCAGUCAAACCAAAACAACCAGAUCCUCAUCUGUGGGAAAUGUGGCAUUGGUUUCCACCAGCAGUGUCAUGUUCCUCCAGUAGAGGGCAGCAUCGCUCUCAGUCCCUGGUUCUGUAGACGCUGUGUAUUUGCUUUGGCUGUCAGGAAAGGGGGCGCUCUGAAGAAAGGUCCUAUAGCCAAAGCUCUGUCAGCCAUGAAGCAGGUGUUGCCGUAUGAGCUGGACUCUCUGGACUGGGACUCUCAACACCGGACCAAUCAGCAGCAGUGUUACUGUUACUGUGGAGGCCCCGGAGAGUGGUACCUGAAGAUGCUGCAGUGUUUCAGGUGUCAGCAGUGGUUCCAUGAAGCCUGCACACAGUGCCUGCAGGAGUCCAUGAUGUUCGGGGACAGGUUCUACCUGUUCCUGUGUUCUGCCUGUAAUAAAGGAUCAGAGUACGUGCGGCGUCUGUCUCUCAGGUGGGUCGACCUGGUUCACCUGGUCCUCUACAACCUGUCAGUCAGCAGCAAGAAGAAAUACUUUGAGCUGGACGAGAUCCUCGCCUUCGUCUCAGAGAACUGGGAACCUCUGCAGCUGGGCAAGCUGUCUAACACUCCUCCAUCAGAGAGAGGGCAGCACCUGCUGGAUGCUCUGAAUAAAUACAAGAGCAAGUUUCUGUGUGGGAAGGAGAUCAAGAAGAGGAAGUGUAUCUUCCGUCUGAGGACCAGAGUCCCCCCUAACCCCCCCUCUAAGCUUUUUCCUGAGCGUGCUCAGAACGACGGAGGGCGGGGCCGUAAGAAGGGCGUGGUCAGGAACAGUGUUUCAGCUGAGAGGAAGAAGAGGAAGUCCAAGUGGCUGCUAGAAGAUGCCAUCCCUAAUAACGAGCUGUCCUGCAGCUGGACGUCGAACCACCACAUGGCCAACAUCUUCGACUUCACCCUGGAUGAACUGCAGAGCCUGAAAAGCUCUAGUCGGACUGUCAGUAUUGAUCAGGACUCCACUGACGCCUCCACAUCAGGCUCUGCUACGACGAGCGCCUCCUAUCACUUCAGGAGGAGGGUAGGCAGCAGGAAGAGGAAGUUGCCUAGCAACAGCUAUAGCCAGUGGGCCAAUCGCAGUGAAGCAGGGGAGGAGCUUGGAGGAGAAGAGCCUUCUGGGAUGCUGGAGGACCAGGAUGCUCCCAACCACACCCACCUGACCACAGACCCCUCCCACCUCCUAUCAGACCCCUCCCAGAUGGGCUCUGACUCCUCCCACCUCCACUCCUCCAUCUCCUCGUAUUUUGGCGUGGCGGGCAGACUGACCAAUGGGGAGAGGUACCAGGUGUUGGCUCGGCGGGUCACUCCUCAGGGGACGGUCCAGUACCUGCUUGAGUGGGAGGGGACAACACCUUAUUAGGAUGUAACACCUGUGAUGCUUUGAUUCCUUUUAUUCCUCCACUCUGAUCAGCUGACUGUAAUGUGGCUUCUGAUUGGUCAAGACCACUGACAGCUCAGAGGUGUUACCUGAGUGACCACCUGAUGUGUUUCAUGUCAGUUUUAAUGUUCAUGUUUUUAAAAAUGUUAUCGACAGAAAGGGUUUUUCCUAUUUGACAUUUUAUCACAAACAAGAAUCUCAAAACAACAAGAGUGACUCACAGUGACAGACAACCGUCAAGUGAGGCCAGGUGAGUUUGGAGGAAUCGGGUAUCAAAGCUCAUCAUGAGCCAGUGUACAGUGAGAAAGAACGAAACUUUAAAUACAGCCAAAGACCGAAAACACACACACACACACACACACACACACCUGUAUAGUGUUAUAUAAAUGUUAGUAUUCUGGUCUGUGUGUCAUCAGACUGACAGUAGGUGGAGUCUGUGUUUCUUCUUCUCUGUCAUGUUAAACAGGCAGAGGCUCCUGUAGUUCCCUGUAGCUCCGCCCAGCUGUCAAACAGCUCGCUGCCUUAUUAACACUGCUCUACCUGUGAGUGACAUCAUCAUCCAGUCAUCAGUCCCUUAUGAGAGAGCACUUAGAACAAACUCUGCUUUGAUCUCUGAUGGUUUGUCAGUCUGAGGUCAUUACAGGUGUUUUCUACACCUGCAGUGACAUCAGAGAGUGGGUGUGGCCUGAAGAGUUGGAGCAGCAGCUGUUUCCUUCCUGAAUAAUAACUGAAUGUUUUAAUGUGAACACAUGUUUUAGAUCUGAGACUCAUGUAUUCCCCCUUCAGCAGCACACAGCAGAGAGCUGGUCUGAGGGCUGGCAGGGGGCCAGUCUGUCCUCCACAGUCCUCCACAGUCCUUCUGAAGUUUAUCUGAAGUCAAUAUGAGGCCACACAAACAGUUGUCAGUGUUUCUGUCUAUGUGAGCUGCAGCAGAGGGACAGAACCCCUCCAGCUUAUCAGGCCUCUAACCAAACUCUGUGCAUAUUUCAGGGCAUUUGAGAAAAAUAGAACAUGUCUGAGUGUUGAGUCACAUCCUGUUUGGAAAGUUUUACGUCUUUUCUACAACGUCACAAAACAUUUCAACAUUUAAAGUGUUAAUAAAUAUUAAAUAAAUAAAACCCCUCGGAUUAUCAGCAGGAAGUGACCUCUGACCUCUGACUGCAGUGAGCUGCAGCUGGACACUGACAGUAAACUUUAUGAGCAGAGUGAUGAAGAGGAGCAGGAUGAAUCGUCAUCAUCACCUCUGUAGAGUUUAACAUGCGGCCACAAACGCAAACUUCAACUCAGAGUUCCGUGUUCCCUUGUUUACCUUUAAAGUAUUCGUCCUCUGUGUUGUUGCACUAACGUAACAUUCGGUAUCUAUGCAAUCAUCAGCCUCACUCGCAAACUGACCACCAAUCAGACACAUUGAGCCGUGAUCAGAUGUUCCACAGUCAUGAUGACUUAUUCAGAGGUUAGCUCAAAGCUAACACAGCUCAUUGGUUUGAAUGAUAAACUCUAACAGUGCUAACAGUCUCUGAGACGUUAAAUGGUCACUCUGUCACUUUAAACCUGCAGCGCCUCCUCGCUGCCAUGGUAACCACGCUCCCCUCCCAUUGGCCUGUUGACGGUUGUUUUGAUCAUGUGACUGUUUGUAUGUUCUGUUCAGCUGACCAAUAAAAACAAAAGUGUUGUUGGACCUUUGA